UAUUACUGUUGCGACUUUCAAUUAUUAGAUUAAUGUUAUACACAACAAAGUUGAAAGAGCAAGAGAAGGCAUGCAAAUUUACGUUAACUGUAAGAAUGAAAGCGAGGGCGGAAUUCCGGAAUGGGCGAUAGUGGAGCUUCAAGGUCUUAUUCAGACAAAGAAGCAGGAAAACAGCAGUGCUACUGUAGUUGGCGAUAUGCAUUACUUUAACAGAAACCGACAUCCAGUUUUAGUACUUGGCCACCACAUUCUAAACGGUAAAGAAGUUAAGCUAGAGCAUCCGAUGGCAGUAUUCGAAAAAAUCGUCAUUGAAGACAGAACUAGUUAUAAAGUGAGGGCUGUGGUCAAAAAGAAAAUAUUAUUUAAGUCAAGACCGAAACCCAUUAUAUCCAAUGUUUCAGACAAGGUGUGAAAAUAUAAUUCUGUGAAACUUA